AGGUGACUGCCCAUCAACAACAAUGUGGACAGCCGUGUUAACACUUGUGUAUAUCAGUUCAGCGUUAGCUUUGCCACCGUAUCGUAUCGACAAGAAUGACGGGAGACUUGACAUAGCUCCUCCACCUGUGGCCUUACCUGAUGAGAAGAAAGAUGUAUAUUAUCAGCACAUGAGACUCCCUCUCAGUACCUUUGUCGGAGAAAAUAAAGUUGAAUAUGGAUGUUCGGCGUUUCCACUUAAAGCUGACGAAUAUAUUGUGGAAUAUCUGCCACUUGGAAAACGAGAUGAUACAUACCACAUCACCAUCAGCGUGUGUGACGCACCCUACGACGAUUCUCCUGUGUGGGAAUGUAUUAACCCUGCCCAUGUGUGUAAAGGCCAGAAGAGGGAAGUGAUGUUUGCCUGGACAAAUGGAGCCCCGGGAUGGACCUUACCUGAUUAUGCCGGAGUCUUCACUGGAAAUAAAUCCCAGUACAUCAUUCUACAAGUUCAUGGACGAGACGAUAUAUCUGAUGAGCGAGCUGCAGACUUCGCACAUUUAAGGCUGAAAAUACAAAGAACAAGACCUCAACUAGACGCCGCCAUUGGUAUUUACUCUGUCGGUGGACAUAUACCUGCUCAUGUAGAAAAUUUCACAGCUGAUGUUGCUUGCGAAUGGAACAUGACCACGCCCUCCCCUAUAAUAGCGUACGGUUUACACACACAUAGCAGAGGCAUAGCACAGUCAGGGUAUAUUGUGAGAAAUGGUGAGUGGAUUGAGAUAGGACGUGGCGAUCCAUUGUACCCUCUGGUAUUGUUUGACGUCACAGACAGAAACUUGUGGCUGCAACCAGGAGAUAUUAUUGCGUCAAGAUGUACUUACCGUAAUACAGGUGACACGAACAUUCCUAUGGGGUUCACCCACUUGAAGGAAAUGUGUAAUUUGUUCUUACAUUAUGGCGUGCCCCACGAAAGUCUUGCCGAGACCAGGUCAUUGUCAUGCUCCUCAAAUGCACAGCAGUCACAAUGGGAAAUAUUUGACAACAUUCCAGUCGACGCUAGCAAUCCAAGCGGUGAUACCGACCAAGCUCGAUACGUUAAAGCAUUCCACCUUACACACAACUAUUAAUAAGGAAAUCCAUCACUUCUGUUCUUAUAUACACCGAUAUACGAUGUUAUUUAUGUUUCGUGAAGAGUUUUAUUGUAUGACGUUGCCGAGUGUAAAUAACUACGCUUUGUAAGCACUAGUUUCUAUAUUUGACUCAAGAGCCAUAAUGACCGGGAAUGAAUAAACGUAAUGCAGUGGUUGUAUUAAUUUUUAUAUUACUCUACAUCCUGUGAUAUAUAUCAACGAGAUAAAUGUGAUUAUACUGUAUGCAUUAUUUAUAUCAGACGUCGCCAACAUAUCACAAAGGCUGAUGUUUUAAAAGCAAUAUUGGAGCACAUAUCAUAAGGAAGCACAUUUCUAACGUAUUUUGUGAUUUCAGUUCAUUUCUUUUAGUAUUGUCGUUGAGACUCGAAACUGUCUCAAAUGUUGGCACUGUGAUAUUAAAAUUCCAAAGAUUUCGCCAUUUCAUCAUGUUUUCCAUCAUAUUUGUAGUGUUGUGAUUUUGUUAAAUUGUCUUUCAUUUUGUCCCCACAACACAUAAUUAUAUAUAUAUUGUAUCUGUAUGUUGCAAUUUUAGACCUUCCUGUUUCUUUGACCAAUAAAGAAAAUAAAAGAAUCUCAAUUUGUAUAGUUUUCUUGCUGAAAAAGUAAAAUUAUUUUGAUGUA